AUGACUGGGGGGAACAUGGAGAGUGCCGAGCUGUUCGAUGCCGGGAAGAAAGGUCGUGGCCUGAGGGCCACCAAGGACCUGAAUGCCGGGGAUGUGGUCUUCGCUGAGCCCAGUUUCUCUGCUGUGGUCUUCAACGAUUUGUCCAUCCAGGUGUGCCACAACUGUUUCCGGCGUCAGGCCAACCUGCACCGCUGUGCUCAGUGUAAGUUCGCCCACUACUGUGACCGCACCUGUCAGACGGCAUGCUGGGAUGAGCACAAACAGGAGUGUGGAGCCAUCAGGAAGGUUGGCAGGGCCCCGAGCGAGAGCGUCCGUCUGGCCGCUCGGGUGCUGUGGCGUAUCCACAAGGACACAGGUGUGGCGUCAGACAGUCAGCUGGUCUCUGUGGAGCAGCUGGAGGACCACGUGUCUGACAUGUCUGAGGAGGACCUGAAGAAGAUGAAAACAGACGUGCAGAACUUCCAGGAGUACUGGUCCUACGGCAGGAAGAAGCACUCCGCGGAGGAAAUCUCACACAUCUUUGGCAUCAUAAAGUGUAAUGGAUUCACUCUGAGUGAUCAGAGAGGCCUGCAGGCUGUGGGUGUUGGCCUUUUCCCAAACCUUUGCCUGGUUAAUCAUGACUGCUGGCCGAACUGCACCGUCAUCCUCAACAAUGGCAACCAGUCAGCUCUGAGUACUGCUCUCCACUCCAAGAGGAGGAUUGAGCUGCGAGCCUUGGAGAAGAUCCCAGAGGGCCAGGAGCUGACCGUCAGCUACGUGGACUUCCUUAGUCUGUCAGCCGACCGUCUGAAGAAGCUGAAGGAAACUUUCUACUUCGAGUGCAGCUGUGAGCACUGCAGCAAGCACAUGAAGGACGACCUGAUGAUGGCGCCCGCAGACAGCAAACCGGCUGCUGAUAAAGUGAAGGAGGUGACGGCCUUCAGCAAAGCGUCUCUGGAGAAGAUUGAGCAGGCUCGUGUAGACAUGGAUUACCACCAGGUGGUAAAGUUGUGUCUUGAGUGUUUGCAGAAGCAGAAAGACGUCCUGGCCGACACUCAUCUUUACCAUCUGCGUGUGCUCAGCGUGAUCAGUGAGGUCCUCUCAUACCAGCAGCAGUUUGAAAAGGCUGCAGACUAUGCUCGCAGCAUGGUGGAGGGAUACAUGAAGUUGUAUCACCCCAACAACGCCCAGCUCGGUAUGGCCAUCAUGAGAGCGGGGGUCACCCACUGGCAUGGAGGUCAGAUUGAGGAGGGUCACGGUCUGAUCUGCAAGGCCUUUGGGAUCCUCCUGGUCACACACGGACCAAACCACGCCAUCACCAGAGACCUGGAGUCAAUGAGGACACAGACAGAGCUGGAGCUGAAGAUGUUUAAGCAGAGUAAGGACACGUACCACAGCAUGAGGGAUGCUGCUCUGAAGAUCCCAUCUGCUGAUGAAAAUGUCAAAGGAGUCUGAAGAUGACGUAACCAGAUUAAAACGCUCUGAUGCUCCGAUGUCCGAUUCGAUCAUGUUAAGAUCUGCAUCAAGGCUGUGGAUGUGUCUGAUGAGUCACUGCUCUGUGCAGAUGUGACACAAUAUAUUGCAUGGUGCAGUAAUGUGCAAUAAAAAUGAAG